AAUGUGUCUCCGGAAACUUCCGCUAGUUGAUUGACAAUGAAUUUCAUCAUGUUCAUAAAAUCUCAAUUUUAAAGCUCCCAAACCACACUAAGUUGUAUCAGAAACUUUGAUAUAUGCAACAUUGAUGUGUGAAAAAACAUGCCUAGACUGAAGAAAAAAUCAUGGAAUCAAAAAAGAUUGGAAAGAAAGCUACAGAUGAGACUUCAAAGUCCAGCAAAGUUUGCAAAGUUAGCAUUACUGUCAAAACAGACCACUGAAUUAGGAACCCAAACACAAAUAUUUGACAGAAAUGAAAUAGUUACAUCUCCUGAUCAUACAAAUAACCAGCCAACACCGAUUCAUAGCAAUGAUAACAGUCAAAGUGAAAACCAGCCAUCACUGAAUCAUAGCAAUGAUAACUGUCAAAGUGAAAACAGCCCAUCACUGAAUCAAAGCAAUGAUAACUGUCAAAGUGAAUACCAGCCAACACUGAUUCAUAGCAAUGAUAACAGUCAAAGUGAAAACCAGCCAACACUGAAUCAAAGCAAUGAUAACUGUCAAAGUGAAUACCAGCCAACACUGAUUCAUAGCAAUGAUAACAGUCAAAGUGAAAACCAGCCAUCACUGAAUCAUAGCAAUGAAAACAGUAAAAGUGAAAACAGCCCAUCACUGAAUCAAAGCAAUGAUAACUGUCAAAGUGAAUACCAGCCAACACUGAUUCAUAGCAAUGAUAACAGUCAAAGUGAAAACCAGCCAUCACUGAAUCAUAGCAAUGAAAACAGUAAAAGUGAAAACAGCCCAUCACUGAAUCAAAGCAAUGAUAACUGUCAAAGUGAAUACCAGCCAACACUGAUUCAUAGCAAUGAUAACCAUAACAGUCAAAGUGAAUACCAGUCAACACUGGUUCAUAGCAAUGAUAACAGUAAAAGUGAAAACAAGACAUCACUGAAUCAAAGCAAUAAUAACAGUCAAAGUGAAUACCAGCCAACACUGAUUCAUAGCAAUGAUAACAGUCAAAGUGAAUACCAGUCAACACUGGUUCAUACAUGUAGCAAUGAUAACAAUCAAAGUGAAUACCAGCCAACACUGAUUCAUAACAAAUAUAGCAGUCAAAGUGAAUAUCAGCCAACACUGAUUCAUAGCAAAUAUAAUGGUCAAAGUGAAUACCAGCCAAUAUUGAAUUAUAGAAAUGAAAGCAGCCAAAGUGAAUACCAGCAAACACUGGUUCAUAGCAAUGAUAAUAGUCAAAGUGAAUACCAGCCAACAUUGAAUUAUAGAAAUGAAAGCAGCCAAAGUGAAUACCAGCCAACACUGAUUCUUAGGAAUGAUAACAGUCAAAAUGAAUCAUCACAAACACCUAUAUAUUUAGAUGAACCUUUAUUAUGUGGCAUUUGUUGUAAAGAGUUUAAUCAAAUGAGUUUAUUACGGGUACACAUGAGAACACACAAUGAAGAACAACCCUAUAAAUGUGAUAUUUGUUCUAAAGGGUUUAAGGGAAAGAAAAAAUUCCAGUUACAUAUGAGAAUACACACUGAAGAACAAAUAUAUCAAUGUGAUAAUUGUUCCAAAGCUUUUUGUCGUAAAAAUUCCUUAACUAGACAUAAGAAAACACAUCAUGGUCAUCUACAGAGCCAUAUAGCAAACAGUGAUGAAAAACUUGCAACAUUAAAAGACAAACUAAGGGAAUUUUUCCAAAAAAAUACAGGAAAAAAACAGGAUGAAUCUGGUGAGGUUACAUCCCCUGAUCAUAAAAAUAACCAGCCAACACCGAUUCAUAGCAAUGAUAACAGUCAAAGUGAAAACCAGCCAUCACCGAAUCAUAGCAAUGAAAACAGUAAAAGUGAAAACAAGCCAUCACUGAAUCAAAGCAAUGAUAACAGUCAAAGUGAAUACCAGCAAACACUGAUUCAUAGCAAUGAUAACAGUCAAAGUGAAUAUCAGCCAACACUGAUUCAUAACAAUGAUAACAGUCAGAGUGAAUACCAGCCAACACUGAUUCAUAGCAAAUAUAACAGUCUAAGUGAAUAUCAGCCAACACUGAUUCAUAGUAAAUAUAGCAGUCAAAGUGAAUACCAGCCAACAUUGAAUUAUAGAAAUAAAAGCAGCCAAAGUCAAUACCAGCCAACACUGGUUCAUAGCAAUGAUAACAGUCAGAGUGAAUACCAGUCAACACUGGUUCAAAGCAAUGAUUACAGUCAAAGUGAAUACCAGCCAACAUUGAAUUAUAGAAAUGAAAGCAGCCAAAGUGAAUACCAGCCAACACUGGUUCAUAUCAAUGAAAGCAGCCAAAGUGAAUACCAGUCAACACUGGUUCAUAGCAAUGAUUACAGUCAAAGUGAAUACCAGCCAACAUUGAAUUAUAGAAAUGAAAGCAGCCUAAGUGAAUACCAGCCAACACUGAUUCUUAGCAAUGAUAACAGUCAGAAUGAAUACCAGCCAACACUGGUUCAUAACAAUGAUAACAGUCAGAGUGAAUACCAGCCAACACUGGUUCAUAGCAAUGAUAACAGUCAAAAUGAAUCCUCACCAACACCUAUAUAUUUAGAUGAACCUUUAUUAUGUGGCAUUUGUUGUAAAGAGUUUAAUCAAAUGAUUUUAUUACAGGUACACAUGAGAACACACAAUGAGGAACAACCCUAUAAAUGUGAUAUUUGUUCUAAAGGGUUUAACGGAAAGAAAAAACUCCAGUUGCAUAUGAGAAUACACACUAAAGAACAAAUUUAUCAAUGUGAUAAUUGUUCCAAAGCUUUUUGUCAUAAAAGAUCCUUAUAUAGACAUAAGAAAAUACAUCAUGGUCAUCUACAGAGCCAUAUAGCAAACAGUGAUGAAAAACUUGCAACAUUAAAAGACAAACUAAGGGAAUUUUUCCAAAAAAAUACAGGAGAAAAACCGGAUGAAUCUGGUGAAGUUAACACGAUGGUUAAUGUCAGACAUGUUUUUAACAAUGGCCAGGAUCCCACAGGAACUAAAACUGCAAAUGAACAAUUUAUAUGUGGUGUAUGUGGUGAAAUCUUUAGUGGGGAUAUACCAUUAGUACUACACAUGAAAAAACACGCUUGUGAAGUAACUAACACCAUGGUCAAUGAAAAACAUGAUAUAAGCAUUGAUCAUGAUCACACAAUAUUAAAAACUGAUCAAGAUAAUUAUGAUACCACAAUAUUAAAUACUGAUCAAGAUAAUUAUGAUACCACAAUAUUAAAUACUGAUCAAGAUAAUCAUGAUACCACAAUAUUAAAUACUGAUCAAGAGUUCAUAAUAUCAGAGAAUGAUCAAGAUCACCAUGAUCACACAACAUUAAAUAAUGAUCAAAAGUUCACAAUAUCAUAUAAUGGUCACACAACAUUAAAUACUGAUCAAGAUCACACAAUAUUAAAUAAUGACAAAGAGUUCACGAUAUCAUAUAAUGGUCACACAACAUUAAAAACUGAUCAAGAUCACACAAUAUUAAAUACUGAUCAAGAGUUCAUAAUAUCAGAGAAUGAUCAUCAUCACCAUGAUCACACGAUAUCAAAUAUUAAAAUUGAAUAGUUUGUGUGUGGUGUUCGUGGUAAAAGCUUUAGUGUAGAGAAUAAAUUACGACUAAACACAAAUCAUAAUUUUCUGUGAUCACGUGAUGCGCCUGUUAAACUAUGUAAUGAACAUAUAAGAGCAUGUGAUAAACCUUUUAGAUCAUGUGAUGAACCUUUUAGAUCAUGUGAUGAACCUUUAAGAUCAUGUGAUAAACCUUUUAAAUCAUGUGAAGAACCUUUUA